AUGCAUUCUUGUACGACGAUGCCAGAGGCGCCAUGCCCGCCGGAUUGUCCGCCGCCGAAGCCGUUGAACGAUCCUUCGUCGAAGUAUUACAGGGAAAUCGGUACGGCGAUGGUUGGCAAUGAACUGAUUAUUCGUAUGGAGAGGGAGAAAGGUAAAUCGAAGAGAUUGAGAGACUGGGAUCCUCCCUGCGAUUGCGACGUAGUAGAGAUACAAAGGCCGACGAGCAAAGAGGGUCCGAAAAUACUGAAGGGUCCCGAGAACAAUCGUAUCCUCUUCCGUGUUCAGUCGAAGACCCAGGAGAAUAAGGAGGAUGGUGAUGGAAAGGCUCAAGGAAUUUAUUACGAAGUCGGUCAAUGCAAAAACGACCGGAACUCGGCAAGAAUGUGCAGAACGUUCACCAUCUAUCCCGUGAUGGACUCGCCGUGUUCGCAGGUGGUGCACACCGAUCGUGUCACCGAGGGUGACGAGAAUGUGUUCAUGUUAAAGGUGAGGAAGAAGCCUAAUACCAACGAGGAGCCGAAGAAAAACAUCGAAUUGGAGCUGAGAACGCCGAGGCCAUCGACACCACCCCCGAUGCAACCGGAAGAGCAGCUACCAGUGGAGAAAGUAUCCCUUAAGGACGAGAGAAAAGUUAAGAAAAAGACUUCGGAAGAGAAAACGAAGAAGGACGUAACGAAAUAUAAAAAGAAGAAACGUUGA